CAGGUGUCUCUGGAGGGAACGACCUUCCAGCCACCUUCUCGCGCAGUCUCCUUCUCCUUUUUCUCCUCCCCUCCUGCCCGCCCUCCUGGGGGUCCUCGUCAGCCAUGAGCAAAGACCAGGAGAAAGCACAGAGUAAAGAAAGAAGCAAAACACCAAUCCGAUUUUUGCCACAAUUGGCACAGGUAAGUUCUAAGCCCCAAUGGCAACAGGCAGCUCCUUCAUUCCAUUUGAGAGUAGACCAGGAAGAAGAAAAAGACUACGUUAUUAAAAAUGAACGAGUUCCUGCGGAAUACACAGAGCAUAUAGCAAAAAAGGGCAAAAAAAGGGAACAACAUUUUGACGAAAAUCUUCCUGGACCAUCUCCAAAAGGAAAAGGCAAAAAUCCCCGUAAAGAACGUGAACAUUUUAGAAGUGCUCUUGUUAACAUCAUUAUGCAGCAAGACUGUGCCACAGACAAAGCUUUAGUGGAUGAAGCACAAACAGCACCAACCACUAUAGAGAAAGACAUUUUGCGGUACUACUAUUAUAUCCACCAUGGAAUUGAUACAGAACAUGUAGCUCCAAUGGAAGAUUCUUGGCUAGAACAUGUCUUGGAAUUAGUUCCCAAACACCUUAAAGUACUCACUGACAGAAUACUUAUACUGUCGGAUGAAAUGAGAGAAGAUUAUCUUCUCAGUGUAAAGAAAUCCAUAGUUGACUUUGUUUUAAGAGAUCCUAGGGAAAAAGAAGAAGACAAGAAGAAAGAAGAGCUUCCACCCCAUCGUUUAGAAAUGGAAAUUCUGCCAAAACCUUGGAGGAAAUCUUUUUUUGCAGCUUGCAGCUUUAUUAGAGAUAACUUAAAUGCAAUGAACCCUACAAUGCUUGCUGUUUUAGAUCUGUGGCAGACUUCUUUUAGAAAAUUACGUUUAAUUGAUAUCGAAGAAUUUCAUAAUCGCCAGGAGGCAAUGGAGCUGUCAGUCUUCCAGAACAUCGUCAUGAAACACAUGGAAUCUGCCAAAGAGACGCUACUUAAAGUAUGGUUUCCAGAAGUCCAAAAUAUUUAUUACCAAGGUAAUAAAAAAAGGCAGUUACCCACUGGUGGCAGCAGUGCAAAAUUGGAAGCUUUCUUCAACUGUGCUGCAACUUUAAUGACUAUACAACUGCAGAACUUAGCCUUGGAUUCAAUGCAGGACUUUACAGAUUUAAUUGUACAAAGGCCGGAUUCUGUGCGAGCUUAUGAGCAUCCAGGUUUUAUAACAAGACUGAUCCUUGAAAAUGAAUAUGUUAAGUUUGAACCUGAAUUUAAUGAUUAUCAAGCAAUUUUUCUAAAUAUUUAUGAGGUCAUGAUUAAGGCUGUUAGUCUUAUACCAAGGGUUGAGACUAAAUUGUAUGCCAAAUGGGAAAGUAAAUCCCAGUCAACUAACUUGAGGCCCAUAAUUCUGGAAGAAAUAUUAAAUGAACACCAAAAAAAGAUUAAGGAUGUGAUUUUUGCUGAAAGUGUUGCACCCACUGAACAUCUGAAAUAUUAUGAUAAGUAUGAUUUCUUGAUUAACAAAGAAGCUGAUAAUGAUAUUGAUAAAUAUCUUGAAGAAGAUCAUAAUUAUGAGGAAACAAUAAAAGAAAUUCGCAAAUACCAAAAGCUAAGUGAAGAGAUACAGUACACAUCUAGAAAGGUCCUUCGCUUAGGAAUAUUUGAACUACAUUGUGAAGAAUUAAUCAGAGCUUUGGCAAAGCGAGCAGAUCUUAUUGCUGGAAGACUUAUAGCUAAAGUGUUCAAGGACCAUCAGGAAUUAAAUAUGAAAUUGUGUGAGGAAUUUGAGAUGAUAGCAGAAAAAGCUCUUAGCACACCUCCAAAUACAGCAGAACUAAUGGAAUUAAAGGCUUAUAUACAGAAAGUGGAGACGACAGAUAUGAUUGAACUGGGACAAAAAUUGGUAGAUGCCAAAAAUUGCCUUGCUUUUCUGAUAGAGUGUGCCAACUUCUCUCCAGCUGAUAUUCGACUGAAUAAUAAUGUUUUUCAAUGGUAUGGGAGAAUGGGAGAGAUUUUUGAAGAACACCGAAAAAUAAUUAAAGAGAAAACUGAACAAUACCAAGAUGGACUUAAGUUACGAUGUGAGCGAUUUGUUGAGGAACUCGAGAGUUAUGCCAAGCAAGUAGAAGAAUUUUACACAUUUGGAGAUAUUCAAGAUAUUAAUCGAUACCUCAAAAAAGCUCAAGCCCUGAAUGGAAAGUUGGAUUUAGCAGCAGAAAAGAUUGAGCAGUUUAAUGCAGAAGAAGAGGCAUUUGGUUGGCCAGCAUCUAUAUAUCCACAACGUAAAAAAAUCCAAGAUACUUUGAACCCUUAUCUUCGUCUCUAUGAUAUGGCUGUAGAAUUUAGCAACAAAUUUAGAAAUUGGACAGAAGGACCAUAUGCCAAGGUGAAUCCUGACCAAGUAGAAGGAGAUGUAGGGAACUACUGGAGAGCACUAUAUAAAUUAGAAAAAGGUUUCCAUGAUUCUCCAAAUGCAUUAGGAAUUACCAAAAGGGUAAAAACAAAAGUUGAAGAAUUCAAGGAGCACAUUCCCCUUAUUCAGGUGAUUUGUAAUCCUGGUCUGCGGAGCCGACAUUGGGAAGCCAUGUCCGAUAUUGUUGGUUAUAUCCUAAAACCAGCAGAAGACUCAACUGUAUCUUCAUUUCUAGAAAUGGAUCUUGAACCAUACUUGGACAAAUUUGAAAAUAUUAGUGAAGCAGCUAGCAAAGAAUAUUCACUUGAAAAGGCCAUGGAGAAGAUGAUUGGUGAAUGGGAUUCAAUGGAAUUUAUCAUUCUGCCUUACAGAGAAAGUGGGACAUACAUUUUGUCAGCAGUGGAUGAAAUUCAGAUGUUAUUAGAUGACCAUAUUGUUAAAACACAGACUAUGCGAGGAUCUCCAUUCAUUAAGCCUUAUGAAAAAGAAAUGAGAGAAUGGGAAGGCAAACUAUUGCUGCUUCAGGAAAUCCUGGAUGAAUGGCUAAAGGUUCAGGCAACUUGGCUAUAUUUGGAGCCAAUUUUUAGUUCUCCUGACAUUAUGGCUCAAAUGCCUGAGGAAGGCAGAAGAUUUACUACAGUGGAUAAAACGUGGAGAGAACUGAUGAAAAUUGUCAUACAACAAAAGCAAGUUCUAAAAGUGGUGACCAUAGAUAAAAUGCUACCAAAGCUGAAAAAAAGCAAUGAAUUUUUGGAGCUUAUACUUAAAGGACUUAAUGAAUAUUUGGAAAAGAAGCGUCUGUUCUUCCCAAGAUUCUUUUUCCUAUCCAAUGAUGAACUUCUUGAGAUUCUGUCAGAGACAAAGGAUCCUACUAGGGUACAACCUCACUUGAAAAAAUGUUUUGAAGGAAUUGCCAGGGUAGAAUUCACUGAAAAUUUAGACAUAACUCACAUGAAGAGUAGUGAAGGAGAAGUCGUGGAGCUUGUAGAUACAAUUUCAACAGUCAAAGCUAGAGGUCAAGUGGAAAAGUGGUUGGUUGAAUUGGAGAGAGCUAUGCUAAAAUCUCUUCAUAAGGUAAUUAGAGAAGCAAUUGCUGCCUAUCCCCAAAAUGAACGAAUUAAAUGGGUAAGGGAAUGGCCUGGACAAACAGUUCUUUGUGUGUCUCAGAUCUUUUGGACAUCUGAAGUACAGAUGGCUAUUAAGAAUGGGCUACAGGCUCUUGAGGCAUACCUAAAUCAGAAUUCUAGGCAGAUUGAUGACAUUGUUACCUUAGUUCGUGGAAAACUCUCCAAACAGAAUCGAGUGACUCUAGGAGCACUGGUUGUGCUGGAUGUCCAUGCUAGAGAUGUUCUUGCAACUCUCGUGAAAAAGAAAGUCAGUGAUGAGAGUGACUUUGAGUGGUUAAGUCAGCUUAGGUACUACUGGAUUGAGGAGCACUUGGAAACAAAGAUGAUCAAUGCUGGUUUACGAUAUGGCUAUGAAUACCUAGGUAAUACUCCUCGUCUGGUUAUUACUCCACUUACAGAUAGAUGCUACAGAACUUUAUUUGGAGCCCUUCAUCUUCAUCUUGGAGGAGCUCCUGAAGGUCCAGCUGGUACUGGGAAGACAGAAACUACCAAAGAUUUAGCAAAGGCUGUAGCAAAACAAUGUGUUGUUUUCAAUUGUUCUGAUGGAUUGGAUUAUCUGGCUUUAGGAAAAUUCUUUAAGGGACUGUUGUCUUGUGGGGCCUGGGCUUGCUUUGAUGAAUUUAAUAGAAUUGAUUUGGAAGUACUUUCUGUGGUUGCUCAACAAAUUCUUACCAUCCAAAGAGGCAUUAAUACAGGCUGUGAAAUACUAAUGUUUGAAGGAACUGAACUAAAACUUGACCCAACCUGUGCUGUUUUUAUAACUAUGAACCCAGGGUAUGCUGGACGUUCAGAACUACCAGAUAAUCUGAAGGCUCUCUUCAGAACAGUAGCAAUGAUGGUGCCUGACUAUGCCAUGAUUGCAGAAAUUGUUCUUUAUUCUUGUGGUUUUGUCACUGCUCGACCCCUGUCAGUGAAAAUUGUAGCUACUUAUCGUUUGUGUUCUGAGCAGUUGUCAUCUCAACACCAUUAUGACUAUGGAAUGAGAGCAGUGAAGUCAGUGCUUACUGCUGCUGGUAAUCUGAAGCUGAAAUAUCCAAAUGAAAAUGAAGAAAUUUUGCUGUUUAGAUCCAUCAUUGAUGUGAAUCUGCCAAAAUUUUUAUCCCAUGAUCUACCACUUUUUGAGGGAAUUACUUCAGAUUUGUUUCCUGGAGUGAAGUUGCCUAAACCAGAUUAUAAUGAUUUAAUGGCAGCUAUUAAAGAUAAUUGUGAUUUAAUGAAUUUGCAAAUGACCAAAUUCUUUUAUGAGAAGAUCCUACAAAUAUUUGAAAUGAUGAUUGUACGUCAUGGUUUUAUGAUUGUUGGAGAACCAUUUGGAGGAAAGACAAGUGCAUAUCGAGUUUUAGCUGGUGCCUUGAAUGACAUUUGUGAAAAGGGAUUGAUGGAAGAAAACAAAGUUCAAAUUACUGUUAUAAAUCCCAAGGCAAUAACCAUGGGUCAACUAUAUGGACAGUUUGACUUAGUAUCUCAUGAAUGGUCAGAUGGUAUCCUGGCAGUAAGCUUUAGAGCAUUUGCUUCUUCACAGUCUCCAGAUAGGAAAUGGUUGAUUUUUGAUGGGCCUGUAGAUGCAGUUUGGAUUGAGAAUAUGAACACUGUUUUGGAUGAUAAUAAAAAGCUCUGUCUAAUGAGUGGAGAGAUCAUCCAAAUGUCACCACAAAUGAGUCUUAUUUUUGAACCCAUGGAUUUAGAAGUGGCUUCACCUGCUACGGUUUCCAGAUGUGGUAUGAUUUAUAUGGAGCCUCAUAUGUUAGGCUGGAGACCAUUGAUGUUAUCUUGGUUAAAUGUUUUACCCGCUGGGAUCAGUGUUAUUCACAAAGAAUUUAUAGUAGGCUUAUUUGACAGAAUGAUCCCAGUUGCUGUUGAAUUUGUUAGAAAACAUACAAAGGAAUUGUCUCCUACAUCAGAUACAAAUUUAGUUAAGUCUUUAAUGAAUCUAAUGGACUGCCUGCUGGAUGAGUUUGCAGAUGAAGCUAAAAUUAAGACCAAAGGUGAUAGUGAAGUUUAUUCUUUGCUUGAGGGUAUUUUUCUGUUUUCUUUGACCUGGUCUCUUGGAGCUAGCUGUAAAGAGGAAGACCGGAAUAGAUUUGAUAAAAUUGUUAGAGAAUUAAUGGAUGGUCCAAUUUCAGAUGAAACUAGAAAUACAUACAAAUUGCUGAAUGGCACUGAAAAGAUCACUCCAAAGCCUAUAACUGUCCCAUUUCCUGAUGAAGGAACAAUUUAUGAAUAUCAAUUCAUCAGUGAGGGGAUAGGACGAUGGGUAGCAUGGGUAGAGAGACUUGAAUCAGCUCCUCCUAUUCCUCGAGAUGUGAUGUUUAAUGAAAUCAUUGUGCCAACCCUAGACACAAUUAGAUAUUCUACAUUAAUGGACUUGCUGACUACACAUCAAAAACCUUCAGUAUUUGUGGGACCAACAGGAACUGGGAAGAGUGUCUAUAUCAUUAAUUUUCUUUUAAAUAGUCUGAACAAAGAAGUCUAUAAACCUCUGCUAAUUAACUUCUCAGCACAGACUACAGCAGCUCAGACUCAGAACAUUAUCAUGUCAAAGCUAGACAAAAGGCGAAAGGGUGUUUUUGGUCCUCCUCUGGGCAAGAGAAUGAUUGUCUUUGUCGAUGAUGUAAACAUGCCAGCUCGGGAAGUAUAUGGUGCUCAGCCACCAGUUGAAUUACUUCGCCAGUGGUUAGAUCACUGGAACUGGUAUGAUUUGAAAGACUGUUCCAUGAUUAAAUUAGUGGACAUUCAAAUCAUGUGUGCUAUGGGACCUCCAGGUGGUGGUAGAAACCCAGUCACUCCUCGAUUCAUGCGACAUUUUAAUACUGUCACCAUUAAUGAAUUUAAUGAUGCUGCCAUGUAUACAAUUUUCUCUAGAAUCUUAAACUGGCAUUUCAACACUUGCUACAGCUUCCCACCAGAGUUUUCAGAAUUAACUGACCAGAUUGUCAAUAGCACUAUGAUUGUGUAUAAGGAAGCAAUGAAGAAUCUUUUACCAACUCCAGCUAAAUCACACUACCUGUUCAACCUCCGUGAUUUCUCUCGUGUCAUUCAGGGUGUUUGUUUGUCAAGACCUGAAACCACAGAUGACCAAAGUAUAAUUAAGCGCCUUUGGGUGCAUGAGGUACUUAGAGUAUAUUAUGAUCGUCUACUGGAUAAUACAGAUAGAGCUUGGCUUGUGGGAUAUAUUGAGGAAAUGAUGGAAUCUCACAUGGGAGAAAAUUUUCAUGAGCUUUUUAAAGCUUUGGACUUUAAUGGUGAUGGAGUGGUGGAAGAAGAUGACUUACGCAGUUUAAUGUUUUGUGAUUUCCAUGAUCCCAGAAGGGAAGACACUACCUACAAGGAAAUCAGUGAUGUGGACGGUCUUCGAGUGGUAGUUGAAGGUCAUCUUGAUGAAUAUAAUAAUAUGACUAAAAAAACCAUGCAGCUUGUGUUAUUCCGGUUUGCCAUAGAACACAUAAGCAGAAUUUCCAGGAUCCUUAAGCAACCCCGAAGUCAUGCUCUUCUAGUUGGUGUUGGGGGCAGUGGUAGACAGUCAGUCACCCGGUUAGCUGCCCAUAUGGCUGAUUAUACAAUUUUCCAGGUUGAAAUAUCCAAAAGCUAUGGUACUUACGAGUGGCAUGAAGAUUUAAAACUCAUCUUAAGGAAAUCAUCUGAAGGAGAGAUGCAGGGUGUUUUCUUGUUUACAGAUACACAGAUUAAAAGAGAAUCGUUUCUAGAAGAUAUUAACAAUUUGCUGAAUGCAGGGGAAGUUCCAAAUCUUUUUGCAGUAGAUGAAAAGCAAGAAAUAUGUGAAAAAAUGCGUCAGAUAGAUCGCCAGAGAGAUAGAACAAAACAAACAGAUGGUAGUCCCAUAGCUCUUUUUAACAUGUUCAUUGAUCGCUGUCGAGAUCAACUCCAUGUGGUCCUGGCCAUGAGUCCAAUUGGAGAUGCAUUCCGUAAUCGUCUUCGAAAAUUCCCAGCUCUUGUUAAUUGCUGCACCAUCGACUGGUUUCAGACAUGGCCUGAAGAUGCAUUACAAGCAGUUGCCUCACGCUUCUUACAAGAUAUUGAAAUGUCAGAUGAAACACGCAAUGGCUGUAUUGAUAUGUGUAAAAGCUUCCAUACUUCCACUAUUGAAUUAUCUGAAUCCUUCCAUUCUGAACUUCAAAGACACAACUAUGUGACUCCUACUUCUUACCUUGAAUUAAUCUCCACAUUCAAAACCUUACUGGAAAAGAAAAGAAGUGAGGUAAUGAAAAUGAAAAGGAGAUAUGAGGUGGGCUUGGAGAAAUUGGACUCUGCUGCAUCUCAAGUAGCCACAAUGCAGUGUGAGUUGGAAGCUUUGCAGCCUCAGUUGAAAGUGGCUAGCAAGGAAGUUGAUGAGAUGAUGGUGAUCAUCGAGAAGGAGUCCAUAGAAGUUGCCAAAACCGAAAAAAUAGUGAAAGCCGAUGAGGCUGUAGCAAAUGAACAAGCUAUGGCUGCAAAAGCAAUUAAGGACGAAUGUGAUGCUGAUCUCGCAGAAGCCUUGCCAAUUCUGGAAUCGGCUCUGGCUGCACUCGACACUCUUACAGCCCAGGAUAUUACAGUGGUAAAAUCUAUGAAGAGUCCACCUGCUGGUGUCAAGAUUGUUAUGGAAGCUAUAUGUAUCUUGAAAGGGAUCAAAGCAGAUAAAAUUCCUGAUCCAUCAGGUUCAGGAAAAAAAAUAGAGGACUUCUGGGGUCCAGCUAAAAGACUACUUGGUGACCUGAGAUUUCUGCAGUCACUUCAUGAAUAUGACAAGGACAACAUACCUCCAGCAUAUAUGAAUAUUAUUAGGAAAAAUUAUCUGCCAAAUCCUGACUUUGUUCCAGAAAAGAUUAGAAAUGCUUCCACAGCAGCAGAAGGUCUAUGCAAAUGGGUUAUAGCAAUGGAUUCCUAUGAUAAAGUGGCAAAAGUUGUAGCCCCAAAAAAGAUCAAGCUGGCCCAGGCUGAAGGUGAACUUAAAAUUGCUAUGGAUGGUCUUAGAAAGAAGCAAGCAGCACUUAAAGAGGUUCAGGAUAAGUUGGCCAGACUUCAAGAUACACUUGAAUUAAACAAACAAAAAAAGGCUGACCUAGAAAAUCAGGUUGACUUGUGCAGCAAAAAACUAGAGCGAGCUGAGCAAUUGAUUGGAGGACUUGGAGGGGAGAAAACUCGAUGGAGUCAAAGUGCUUUGGAACUGGGACAUUUGUAUGUUAAUUUGACUGGUGAUAUCCUCAUUUCAUCUGGAAUUGUGGCUUACCUAGGAGCCUUUACAUCAAGUUAUCGACAGGACCAAACUGAUGAGUGGACAUUGUCAUGCAGAGAAAGAGACAUCCCUUGCUCAGAUGAUUAUUCUCUUACAAGUUCAUUGGGAGAACCUGUGAAAAUUCGAGCUUGGAACAUUGCUGGUUUGCCCUCGGAUUCCUUUUCCAUUGAUAAUGGGAUCAUCAUUAUGAAUGCAAGAAGAUGGCCUUUGAUGAUAGAUCCUCAGGGUCAGGCUAAUAAAUGGGUAAAGAAUAUGGAAAAAGCCAAUAGCCUUCACAUAAUCAAAUUAAGCGAUGCAGACUAUGUAAGGACCCUGGAAAAUUGCAUCCAGUUUGGUACUCCUGUAUUGCUGGAAAAUGUUGGGGAAGAACUGGAUCCUAUCCUGGAGCCUCUUCUACUAAAGCAGACAUUUAAACAGGGUGGGAGUGUAUGUAUCCGACUUGGUGACUCUACAAUUGAAUAUGCACCUGACUUCCGCUUCUACAUUACAACCAAGCUAAGAAAUCCACAUUAUCUUCCUGAAACAUCUGUUAAGGUCACAUUACUGAACUUCAUGAUAACUCCUGAAGGAAUGCAAGAUCAGCUUCUUGGAAUUGUAGUAGCACGAGAAAGACCAGAUCUUGAAGAAGAAAAGCAAGCCUUGAUAUUGCAAGGCGCUGAAAACAAAAGGCAGUUAAAAGAAAUAGAAGACAAGAUUUUAGAAGUUCUUUCAUCUUCAGAAGGCAAUAUAUUAGAAGACGAAACUGCUAUUAAGAUAUUAUCUUCCUCCAAGGCUUUAGCUAAUGAGAUUUCUGAAAAACAGGCAGUAGCUGAAGACACAGAGAAAAAGAUUGAUGACACCCGUAUGGAAUACCGUCCGAUUGCCGUUCAUUCGUCAAUCCUAUUUUUCUCAAUAGCAGAUUUAGCUAACAUUGAACCCAUGUACCAGUACUCACUCACUUGGUUUAUUAACCUCUUUAUCCUGUCCAUAGAAAAUUCAGAGAAAUCUGAAGUUUUGCAGAUAAGGCUACAAAUUCUCCAGGACCACUUUACUUAUUCAUUAUAUGUUAAUGUCUGUCGUUCACUAUUUGAAAAAGAUAAGCUGCUCUUUUCCUUUUGUCUAAAUAUGAAUCUUCUGUUACAUGAAUCUUUGGUUAAUGAAGAUGAUUGGAGGUUUCUGCUAACUGGUGGCAUUGGUCUGGAUAAUCCUUUCUCCAAUCCUUGUAUAUGGCUUCCCCAGAAAUCUUGGGAUGAAAUAUGUCGGUUAGAUGAACUGCCAGACUUCAAAGGCAUUCGUAAGGAGUUUGUGGUACUGAAAGAUGGAUGGAAAAAAGUAUAUGAUAGUUUGGAGCCACACCAUGAGUCUUUUCCUGAAACGUGGGAAGAAAAAGUAAAUGACUUUCAAAGGAUGCUUAUUAUUCGCUGUCUGAGGCCUGACAAGAUUAUUCCAAUGGUACAAGAAUUUAUAAUUAGCCACUUGGGACGUCCAUUUAUCGAACCACCACCAUUUGAUCUGUCCAAGGCAUUUGGAGAUAGUAACUGCUGUGCACCAUUGAUUUUUGUGCUCUCUCCUGGUUCUGAUCCUAUGGCAGCCCUUCUCAAAUUUGCUGAUGAUCAGGGAUAUGGGGGGUCCAAACUCAGCUCCUUAUCUCUUGGUCAAGGCCAAGGGCCCAUUGCUAUGAAGAUGAUAGAGAAAGCAGUGAAGGAAGGAACCUGGGUUGUUCUUCAGAACUGCCAUCUUGCAACAUCUUGGAUGUCAACACUGGAGAAAGUUUGUGAGGACCUAAGUCCAGAAACAACCCAUCCAGAUUUCCGAAUUUGGUUAACAAGCUACCCUUCUCCAAAUUUCCCUGUGUCUGUGCUUCAGAAUGGAGUAAAAAUGACUAAUGAAGCACCUAAAGGUUUACGGGCUAAUAUUAUUCGAUCAUACCUGAUGGACCCAAUCUCUGACCCUGAGUUUUUUGGCGGCUGCAAAAAGCCUGAAGAAUUCAAGAAAUUGCUCUAUGGCCUCUGUUUCUUCCAUGCAUUAGUUCAAGAAAGACGGAAAUUUGGGCCUCUGGGAUGGAAUAUUCCUUAUGAGUUCAAUGAGACUGACCUGAGAAUCAGUGUACAACAGCUCAGCAUGUUUCUGAACCAGUAUGAGGAACUUCCCUAUGAUGCACUGCGAUAUAUGACCGGUGAAUGCAAUUAUGGUGGCAGAGUUACUGAUGACUGGGACCGACGUACAUUGCGCAGCAUUUUAAACAAAUUUUACAGUUCAGAGAUAGUUACAAAUCCAGACUAUAAGUUUGACUCCAGUGGUAUCUAUUAUGCCCCUCCCAGUGGUGAAUAUGCUAGCUACAUUGAGUACACAAAGAAAUUGCCCUUGAAUCCUGCCCCAGAGAUCUUUGGGAUGAAUGCUAAUGCUGAUAUCACUAAAGAUCAAUCUGAAACUCAGCUACUAUUCGAUAAUAUUCUUCUUACACUGUCUCGUUCUUCAGGUGCUGGUGCGAAAUCAUCAGAUGAGGUGGUAAAUGAUGUGGCUGGUGACAUUUUGGGCAAACUUCCCUCAAAUUUUGACAUUGAGGCUGCAAUGAGGAAAUACCCGACAACUUACACACAAAGUAUGAACACUGUGCUUGUCCAAGAAAUGGGACGGUUUAACAAAUUACUGCAUACCAUAAGAGAAUCAUGUAUUAACAUCCAGAAAGCCAUCAAGGGACUUGUUGUGAUGUCUUCAGAUCUGGAGGAAGUUGCAAAAAGCAUUCUGAUAGGCAAAAUUCCAGGAAUGUGGAUGGGAAAAUCCUAUCCAAGCCUCAAACCACUUGGCAGCUAUGUGAAUGAUUUCCUUGCCAGGUUAAAAUUCUUAGAGUAUUGGUAUGAGACUGGAACUCCCCCAGUCUUCUGGCUGUCCGGCUUUUUCUUCACUCAAGCAUUCUUAACUGGAGCACAGCAGAACUAUGCGAGGAAAUAUACUAUCCCCAUUGACCUGCUUGGUUUUGACUAUGAAGUUAUGGAUGACAAAGAAUACAGGAAUGCUCCUGAAGAUGGUGUCUACAUUUAUGGAUUGUUUCUAGAUGGAGCAUCCUGGAAUCGAAAGUUUAAGAAACUAGCAGAGUCUUAUCCCAAAAUCCUUUAUGAUACGGUUCCUGUGAUGUGGCUGAAGCCUUGUAAGCGGUCAGACAUACCAAAACGGCCUAGUUACAUUGCUCCAGUAUAUAAAACAAGUGAACGGAGAGGAACAUUAUCAACUACUGGCCAUUCUACUAACUUUGUGAUUGCAAUGAUUUUGCCUUCAGAUAAACCUCCAGAACACUGGAUUGGAAGAGGUGUGGCAUUGCUGUGUCAGCUUAGUUCAUAGCCAUAAAGUGUCAUUUUCCUGUAGAUAUUCCCUUUUCUCUCCACAUUGGGUUGAGAGAAGGUAUACUUACUUUUUAAACUAAUUUUUAAAAAAUUUUAAAUCUUGACUAGAUUAUGAGAUUGUGAGCAUUUAUAUA